AUGACCUCGGUGCUCGAGACCCCCUCGGACGGCGACCGGGCAGGCCGCGCCGCCGCCUGGCGGCUGAGCUGCCAGCUGCUCCACCACGUCAUGCGGGACAAGGUCAUGCCCGUGAGGCUGGCGGCCUGCGACCUCUUCCUGGCCACCUUCGCCAGUGCCGAGGCCACGGUGUCGCAGGCCGAGGGCCGCUUCGCCCUCGGCACCCUGCUCGAGCACCUCGUUGACAGGCUGGGCGACUCGAACCUGCGGCUCCACGAGAGCGCGCGGAGGUGCGUGCUCUUCGCCGCGGAGCUCUCGAGCCUCUUCGGCCUCGGGGCGGUGCUGGCGCGGCUGCGCGCGCGCCUGGAGAGCAGCAGGGGCAGCGAGCGGACCAAGGUGCACUUCGGGGUCCUCGACGCGGUCAGCGUCCUGCUGGAGCACUUCCCCGGGCGCCGCGGCGGCGCGGGGCUGCAGCAACCCGAGGGCGAGGAGGACGACGAUUUGUUCCAAGAG